AUGCAGCAGGCCCGGGCGCUGCCUGCCAAAGAUGCCGUAUUGGAAGAUCUAGACACCCUCCAUCUACAGACAGGAGAAGCAAUUUGCAGUGGGCGCAAGGAGGAAGAGGAGAUGGUGUGUUGACAUUGCGCAAAUUGUUCUACUCAUUUGAAAAGGCUGACACAAAGUCUGCUGUGUGGGUCCAAUUCAAAUCAGAUUGCGACGCUUGAGAGAUUCUUGAGCUCUGCUGGCAUACAAGUGCCAAGCCGCUCGACCUCGUUUAGGUUUGAGGAUGUGCGCAAGCAUCACCUUGCCCUCAGCAGAAUCCUUGGGGUGAGUGCGCACGCCUGAUGCCACUCUAAGAUUGAGGCUGACACUCACUGUUUCUUUAAGGGGAGGUACGUGGAGCUGUCCGUGGCUAUAGUGUCUCAGCGCAAGACAAGCAAUCGCUCUGCAUCAGCGUCAGCGUCGCCAUCAAGUGCGAGGCUUGCCGUGCCCAUGUGAGUGUGUCAAUCUGCCACAAGCCAGCCCUUGGGAAUGUCUCCCUCAUCUCAAGCUGGGACUUUGAGAAGGGUCUGGCCAGCGUCAAGUUCCAUAAGGACAUGCAAGCCUAG